AUGGGUUGUAGGAGUGAAGGAGGUCAUAAAUUUCUUCAUACUAAUUCCACAAGUCACACCUGGCCGUUCAGUGUAAUAGCUGAGUUGGUUGCAAAUAAUGCUUACGACCCAGACGUUCGUGCCAGACAGAUCUGGAUAGACUGGACUUGCAUCAAAGGCCUGGACUACCUCACUUUAGAUGCUUAGUUGUUAACUGCACACGUUGUUAUUUUGAUAUUUUCAAGCUUUGGAUUAAGCAAGAAGAGAGCGGUUAGAUGUCAUGUUGCAGUUGGUGUGUAAGACAACAGGUUCAAAUCAGGUUCCAUGUGUCAGGUUAAAGAAGCGAUUGUUUUUACCAAGACCAGAGACAGGAUGAGAGUGGGUCUCCUCUCUCAGUCUUACAUCGAAGCCAUCGGAGCAUAGCGAGUCAUGGUGCCCAUCAUCACAUUUAGAUGUGACGGACAUACACAGGCAAAGGAUGGAGCCAUUCUGAGAGCGAUCCUCUCGCUCUCUUCAACUCUGAGAAAAGAGCUGUUCGCCGAGAUCCGUGCCAUCAGUGCCGCUGGCCCCAAAGGAACACGCAUCUUCAUCUAGCAGAUGAAGUCCUCAAAUGAUGAUAGGGAAUUUGACUUUGAAUACGACAUACAGAUCAGAGCAAACACCAUCAGUGGGAGGAGCAACAUCGGUUUCGCCACAAUCCCGGAGAGUGAAUACUCAUUACGGCUGGAAAGGGUGGAGGCAGAGAUGAUGAGUCUUUCUGCUUUGUGUGAUCAACUGAAGAGUGAGUUAUCAAAGGUCAGGGAGGAGAAAGUCGAGCGCUCCAAAUUUCAGAAGCUGCGUCUUAACCUGGGCCGCCUUCUGGUGUCUUUUAUUCCUACACUCCAGCGAUGUCAUCGAUCAGAUAAGGUUCAAGAAAACAUCACCCAGCUGAUUUGA